AUGCGCACUGAAACCAGUGAAAAUACAGACAUCUCCAAGCGAGCCGGACGCCAGAAUUCCACCAACCCAAGGGUUACCAGAUGGAACCCACGUCCCACACAAAGGCCUUGGAAUCCAGAAAGGAACUCUCCAAAAGACUCGAGCAUAGUGGCAGAAUGCUCAGAACCCCCCAAUCCCCGGGCAUCUGGAGAUUGUGCCAUAAUACUUGACCCCAGUGUAAUGAGUGUACCCGCCUAUAUAAGUCAAAUCGGUUCAGCAUGGGGUGGAUGGGUGAACAUUGGAUUGCCUGCAACAUUGCUCCUUACGCCUCGUCCUCCCAAGACUCCCGCACCCACAGCAACUAGCUACCCCGAAAUCGAAACUGAAACAGUGGUAGAAACUCUGACAGUAUAUUACCCUGAAAGUUAUCUCGACGACAGACCUGCUCCCGACACCGAGGUGGUCUACCCCGAAACCAAGAUAACUACUGAGAUAGCGCUUCCCACCACCGAGACAACUUUCACCGAUGCAACCGUCCCCAACCCCGAUAUAUCUCCCACUUCCACUCAGUCGGCAGGCAUUAGCACAGUUUUCACUGAGAGGCCAUCCAUCAACGUAGUCCUCAGCAUUCAAACGGUUCCCAACCCCGGAAUUAUUCCCAAACCGAUGCAUCCCAAAGCAGCAGAAAGCACCAUUAUUUCCGAUUUAGAGGCAAUGGAUAAAAAAUACACCGAAACAGACAGGCUGUUUACCAGCUGGUCACCCACUGUGCACGCCACUGCCCCCCGCAAUGUUCGGCAUUCAGCAUCACUGAAAAACUGGUCAACCUCUGACACGUCCUGGCAGUUACUUACCCCCGCAAAUGCCAUAAUAAUCACUAGUACUUCAACAUCGUCAGUACCUACUCUAAGAGGGUCAUCUCAACUGGGUACUCCAGAGUAUUUCAUGUCCACAAGCACUGUUCCAACACCGAGGACCAGGGGCUCGACAACAACUGGCUCACUGGAAUACUCAACAUUCUCAAAGGCCAUAAUAAGCCCCAUCAUCACUUCAUCUGUUUCACCUAAUGAGGAAAGUUCCACAGGCGGAAAUGGCCCAUACAUUGUUUAUGUAUUGACACCAGAAGCUUACUUUCUUGGGUCCUUUGCUCCUCUCAUAUUCGCCAUCCUCUUCUAUCUACCGUGGGCCAGUUUAGAUGCAGUUGCAAAGAGGAUGGAGCCGUUUUACCGACUGAGCAGCUCCAAGGGCGCAGUAGCAUCCGAGUCUUUGAACGUUUCCUACGAAAGUCAAGUACCCUUGGUCGGGCAGCUCUGGAAUUCACUUAUCCGAAGACACUGGGUUGUAUCACUCACCUCCUUUCUGGUCAUAUUAUGCCAGGUCUUGAUGGCACUUUCACCAGAAGCAAUCCGAAUAUCUGUGAUAGGGACUGACUGCCGUGCGAACGUUGCAUGUCCUGGGGUAUUGAGCGUGUCGACAGCGCCUGCCAGGGCAAUGGAAGUUAUGUUGCUCGUCAUGAUUAUUUGCACUGCUGUGCUUGCAGGGCAGCUUUGGAACCGACGAUCCCAGCUAUACUCGGAACCUUUCAGUCUUGCUGGCACGGCAACCCUGGUGGCGAAUGAUGGCUCCUUCUUGCAGCUAUUUCGGCAGGUGGACUCUCAGUCUCUGACGUCGGAUGGCAAGGGAUUGGAGAAAGCAUUGGGAAAAAACACGCGAUACCGCGUCACAGUAUACAAAAAUGAGGGAGGGGCAGCACAAAAUGGCAUUGUUUUGGAGCCACCGCACACGACCUCCCAAGCCUUUCCGGCCACCACAACUCCUGCAUCUGGCGUCAAAUUCCUUCCAGUAAAACGGUCGAAUCCCCUUAUAUUGGAAUUAUGUCUCCUUUUUCUCAUCAUCGUCAUCAUUCUGCCGAUAAUAAUCUGGUAUUAUCUUAACAACGACCAAAACCAUCCGCUUGAGCAAUUCCUGAGCGGCCAGGACUUUGGAGUCAGGUUCCUUUUCGCGGCAAUAGGCAUCCUCAUCGACGAGCUUUGGAAGAACAUUUUUUCAAAGCUCAGUAUUCUCGUACCAUACAUCAAUAUGUCCAAUCCCAAUACCGCGGCAAAGCCCCAAGACUCGAUGCUUUUCGAACCUCCUUUUUCACCAUUGACCGCUCUCUUUCACAAAAGCACAUAUCGCUCGUUGCCAUUAACGAUUGUCACCAUGAAUGCGAAUAUGGCCCUGAUUCUUACGGUAUAUUUAGCCAACAUCCCCUUCAGCAACGAUAAAGCGAGAGUGGCUUGGGUAGCAUCAUGCUAUUUCAGUUUGGCAAUCUUUGGGCUCAUGAUCAUAAGCAUUAUCGCCCUCAUGAUCCUGAUUCGAGCCCCUGAGACGCCCCUGGCGCCAGACACCAUCGCCGCGCGGCUCUACUAUCUGUCUGCGGGACUCACGAUCGCUUCUCAGUUCGGGCCAUUUUCAACGUUGAAUACUGGGGACAGGGAUAGGGCCAUCACCAAAUGUGACGCGGGUUUGACGGGUUAUCGCUUUGAGCCAGUCACGGCCCUCUCAAAGGACAAGGGGAGUCAAUCAGAGACAUGA